AUUAAAAUGGCGCAUCUGUUUGAAACAUUUUCUAUGACUUUGUUGUGGUCAGAGCACAUUCGAUUUUUAUUUACACGUUUUUAAUUGUGUAAAAUGAUUUCUGCACUUGCCACUGUACGGAGUUUGAAAAAUAUCACAAAUAAGCUUCCGGUAUUUCUAUAUCGCAACAGAAGUAACGGAUCAUCGGUUUCAUGCAACGAAGCGACAGACACAACAGCUGAUCCAGACUUGCCGUCAGUUUUUGAAAAUCCAUAUACAAGAGAAAGAAGGUUAUGCAUUUUAUGUAAAUUAAAAAUAACUCCAAAUUAUAAGAAUGUACGUUUGUUAUCUCAAUUUCAAAGCCGUCAUACAGGUAAAAUUUAUGGAAAACAUAUAACUGGUUUAUGUGACCAUCAGCAGAGAAAAGUGGAAGAAGAAAUUGUAAAGGCACAACAAGCUGGUUUAAUGGGAUACAUGACAAAGGAACCAAAAUUCUUUGAUGAUCCAGAACUAUUCAACCCAAAUCGUCCCCUUAAAGCACAUCCCUAUUAAAUCUGAAAUAUAUUAUGGUAAUGAGCUUCAUUCUUUUAUAAUAUGAUGUCAUCUGUAAUAUUUGUAAUAUAGGUAUUAUCUGCUUAAUAAAUGUAUCUGCUAUGUAUUAAUA